AUGGCGCCUGUAGACUCAACGAUGGUGCAGCAAAGUGGUGGUGCCAAGUUUACCGGAAUCAAGCAGAUCGUUGGACUAAAAGGAAUGCUUCAGAAGUGGCAGACUGUCACAUUUGGCUCCAGACCAAACGCCCAUAAUUCAAAAGGAAACCAUGGGGAUGUCUCACAACCAAUCCGCAAGGGGUAUUUGGCGGUCUAUUUCGGACCGGAGCUUCGGAGGUUCAUCAUCUCAACCAGCUACCUCAGCCACCAUGUUUUCAAGAUUCUGCUGGAAAAAGCCGAGGAAGAAUUUGGAUAUGAUCACAAUGGUGGCCGUACUCUCCCUUGUGAGAUCGAGACCUUCAAGUAUCUCCUCAGCUACAUCGAGAACCAGCCUAAAGGUCACAAUGUCGGAGGAGACCCAAUUUCCGAGAUAAUUACUUUAUUCGUACUUAACUUUGAGCAUUUUAAGUUCUUGGACGAUCUUAUGUUGCUUCUGGGUCAAGCUCUUGAUUUAUCUCCAUUAUUAUCAAACCAUUCCUUAUUAUAA